UCGGCGGGAGCUCCGAUUGGCUGAGAGGCUCUAGCUUGAAAAGUCUGCUGGGUACAGACCGCUCGGCCGGCUCUAGCGCUUCGGUGGGAGUUUAGCAGUGGUGAUAGGUUGGUGCUUGCCACGCAUGGGCUCGGGUCGGUCAGUGGGCAGUUUUCAGCGAGUGCGCAAUCGGCGCAAACUCCAGCUCCAGCUCGCUUUGCGCUACGAUGGGGUGCACAUGUUCCGCCGCCGCCUCACGUUGCAUGCCGAGCACUAGCUUUUCCGGAGGUGGGGUGAGGCCGCCGAGACCUGCCUUGGCUGCGGAUCCACGUGGGUGGCGGAGGGGCCAGGGAUCGGCUCCCGGCCUCUGCCCUGCACCGAGCGGGCGGCGUCGACACGCACAGCUUGGAUGGUAGUUACCUCGAGUUAGCGCCCUGGCUCCCUCGGUGGUCUCGGGGUUCAUUCGGGCUCUUCACAGGGACUCAUUUCCUUAUUUGGAGGGAAGCAGCAGAAGAGCUCUGUUUUUGGAAGCUGUAUUGUAUUCCCCAGUUCCACAUGCAUGUAUGACAAACCUUAAAGAGCAUUAAUGGUAGGACAGCCACAAUAAACAGCGAUUUGCAGGCCUUUUUCUCUGGAAGAAAGACAUCCUAUUUUUUUUAUUAAUAUUUUGCUCAUUUUAAAUGUUUCUCCAUUUUGGCAUCUUUUGUUUUCAGGAAACUUUUAAGAUUAUGUGCCCUUUUGUUUAGACAGCCCUUAGAUUUGAAUUAUACAUUUAUUUGUGCAAACUGCACUUACUGUGAGAUCUUUCCUGGAAAUCUUCCCCAGCAUAUUGAUUUCUUAUGGCUUUCUUCCUUCAAGCGAGUAACUGGGGUUUGCAGACUUUCCUGGGUAGAUGUUUCCUGUUCCAGCCUGCUUCCACUUGUCAAAAAUCACUGGCUCUCAUGGUUCACCUCCGCAGUAGGGAUCAAGUUAAAGGUUUGCCUUUUACUACAUCUUCCCAAUCUGCAGUACCUCAGGAUCUCAGAGGAGUUCAUAUGCUGCACAAGUCCAGAUCUGGAAGCAGAGAUGGAGAAAAAGAAAAAAGGAAGGAGAGCUCCAGGGAAGAGGACAAGAAGAAAAGUCUUAUGUCCCCGUUCUCUGCUGGAGCUGCCAAACACCGAUCAGUGAGGCAGCGGACACCUACAUCUAUGAGACUGCCUAGGUUGUCUAAAAAAGAUGAUAUCCAGCCUCCAGAAAAACCUUUGAAUGCUGAGGAGUGGCAGGAAUGGAGGACACGAUUAAAGCAUCUUACAAAUUUUGAAACUGUAAUGUUACGUCGAAUGAUCAAGUAUGAAAGCUCCAUAGAUGUGGCCAAGUCCUUGAUGGCUGAUGUGGUAUUGAGAAAUGGGGAGGUCAAGUAUAAUUUAUUGCUUGGGUACCUGAUUCUAUGUGUCCAGCAGAAGCAGGUGGCAGAAAUUUUUGAUAUCUAUGAUAUAAUUAAACUCAGAUUUAAGACUUUAGACCCUGGGUGUUACAGUCUUCUAAUCAGGGGUCUGAGUGAUACAGAGCGUUGGAGAGAGGCCAUUUUGCUACUGAAGGAGAUUAGAAAAGUUACACCCCCCUCUAAAGGGAACUAUGGAUAUUGUAUCAAAGGGGCUCUCAAUAAUCAAGACGUAAAACUGGCAUUAGAAUUGUAUCAUGAAAUGGUGGCCGAAAAUGUGAUGCCACACAUGGAUGUGCUGCAGGCCUUUUUUGAUACCUGCAAGGGUACACAAGAUGAUAAAUUAAAAAAAGAACUCUUAGACAUGCUUCUGUAUUUUAGAGAGAACCAACUCUAUCCUAAUGAAGCUGUUAUGCAGAGUAUAAAGCUGUGGUUUGAAAGUAUUCCAGGAGAGAAAUGGACAGGACGCUUGACCAGCAUGGAAAAUGGUUGGGGGUGUCCAGUUUGUAACCAGGUCUUAGAAACUAUUGAGCUAAGUAAAAAGGAAUAUAAUAUUCUCAAGAAAAAAAUAAUGAAGAAUGUGAUGCAGGGGAACGAUAUAUUCAAAAAGACAACUCCCCAGGAACUCAAAAGAUUUCAAGAUUUCAUGGAAAAUCGUCUUCCAUAUGAUAUUGUGUUAGAUGGGCUUAAUAUUGUCAGAUGUGUCAGCAGAAUCUGUGGCUAUAAUGUUUGUCAUCCUGAACUGUGGCAUACCCUAUGCUAUCCUACUGACUUGAGCAGUCGGAGUAAAUCAGAGCUAUUUGAUGUUGUUUCCUACUUUGCACAGCAGAAUCUGCGGUUGCUUGUGCUGGGCCGAAAACACUUGAAUGAAUUUCAAUUCUGGAAAUGGAAUGCAAUGACUGCCAGGCAGGGGAAAGUAGAUUUCUUUUUUACUGAAAAUAUAUCACAAGAUGAUCCCUUUCUGGUAUACGCCACUCUUCAUUCAGGCAAUAAUUGUAAGUUUGUUACUAGAGACCUUUUGCGAGAUCACAAGGCUUGUUUGCCUGAGAGUAUUCAACAGCUGUUUUUCAAGUGGCAACGGGGACACCAGUUGAUGCCUUUUGCCUCACGCACAAAAAAGAUAUAUUUUGCGCCUAUACUUAGUUACGAUACAGUGGUACAGACUACAGGCGACACGUGGCAUAUUCCAUAUGAUGACCACCUGGUGGAAAGAUAUUCCUAUGAAGUGCCAAGAAAAUGGCUUUGCCUUCGGAGAAAAUAAGAGUGCAGUUUUACAAACUGAAGCUUCAGUCAUUUACUACUGUUGUUAGCUGGCUACCAACCCCCCCUUCAAACCAUGUCUAGUUACAGGAUUAGCAAGCCAUAAUUUGAAUCCUGAAGCUGACUAAAUGUUCAGUUACUAUAUUGAUUUGGCUAAGUUCAUUCUUGCUGUAAGUUCAUUGAAGUCAGUGACAGUACACCAAGGGUGAAUUUUGACUAUUACAAUUGCAAACCAUUUUUGUAUCUUACUAGCCGACUUUUUUUUUUUUAAUUACGAAUUAAUUUUUCCAUCUUUGAAUGUCAUAGCUCUUUUUCUUAAGAAUUUCAACAGGAGAGAGAUUCAAGAAGUUUGAACUUAGGCAUAUUUCUGAAAUUAUACCAAGGAGCUGCACAUUGAACCUGAUGCACCUGGCUCAAUUUAUUGGACCCAGAGUGUCAGGCUGGUGCACUUGAUGUUUACCAUUCACCUUUUAAGUUUAGUAUUGAUCUUUCCUUAAACUAAGACUUUGUAUGCAAGAGAUUUGUUGCAGAAACAUCUGUUAAGUUUUUGUUCGUGAGCAUAAAUGAAAUCAAGCAAUAUAAAUAACCUGUGCAUUCCAACAUUGCAACUAAAUUUUAGUUUCUGUAUUUGCAAAGAUAUACAGUAUUGAACUGAUGUGCUCAUGGAAACAAAUUUGUUUAUUUAAGUAAACAUGGAUUAUGGACAGACCUUCACUACAGGCAAUGAUAUGGCCUUGAACUCUGUGUAGACUCUUGCAAAUUGUACCUGAAAUUAUAACACCAUAAAGAUGGUGCAGAAUUACAUAAAAAUGGAGAAUCCACUAUUAUUUA